AUGUCAGCAGCGGGGCCCCUAGGGGGCCUCAGUAUGGCAUCGCGUCCUUCUUGGUUAGACAGCGAUGAGGAGGAGGAGGAGCAGCAGCAGCAGCAGGAGCAACAGGAUACCCCCACCACCGGCAGCAGCAGCAGCAGCAGCAGCAGCAGCAGCAGCAGCAGCAUAGGUGCCCGUGCCUAUGUAUAUUUUACUACGGAUCUACCUGAGCCUCUGCAGCUACCCCAAGAGCCAUUAAGCAUUGAGGUGUCUGUACACCGCAGCGAUCUAUCCAAGGUCAGUUACCCUUAA